AUGGCCGCGAUCGCUGACGACGACGCGAAGGUAGCGCGGUAUGCCAAUGAUGAGACCUCACCCUCUCCACCGGUCUACGAGGAUGGCAGUGUACAAGAAGACAAUGCUUAUGUGUACGACGACUCUCAGAAGCUAGGCUACACAGCCACGGUCUUCGUGAUCCUAAAUAAGAUGAUCGGUACCGGCAUCUUCUCUACUCCUUCCGGUAUCUUCGCUGUGACGGGAUCAGUCGGUGUAUCGCUCUUCCUCUGGAUUAUCGGCGGUAUCCUCACUUUCUGUGGACUAUCCGUGUUUCUGGAAUUCGGACUUGCGAUCCCACGUUCAGGCGGCGAAAAGAAUUAUCUGGAGCGCGUCUAUCGUCACCCCAAGUACGUUGCGACAUGCGUUCUUGCAGCACAGAUGCUAUUGCUCGGCUUCUCAUCCGGCAACUCCUUGGCGUUCGGACGCUACGUGCUGUUCGCUGCUGGCUCAGAAGCGCCCGAUGGUUGGGCGGCGCGUGGUAUAGCCAUCGCAUGCGUGACCUUCUCGGUCGGCCUUCACGCCACGUUUCCGAAAUGGGGUAUCCGCCUCUUCAACGUCCUUGGCGUCUUCAAAGUCUUCAUUCUCCUUUUCAUCGUCUUCUCUGGCUUCGCUGCGCUGGCCGGCCAUCUGAAGAUCGAACAGCCGCACAACUUCGACAACGCAUUCAGACUGGAAGUGGGUGAUGGUUAUGGUGGCGGCGGUGCCUACGGAUACUGUCAAGCUCUGCUUCGCAUCAUCUAUUCGUACAAAGGUUGGGAGAAUGCCAACUACGUGUUGGGUGAAAUCCGGAACCCAAAGAAAACCCUCUCUUGGUCAGCACCUCUAGCAAUCGGCGGAACAACCAUCCUAUAUGUCCUUGCGAAUGUGGCUUACUUUGCUGCAAUCCCUAAAUCCGACCUCGCGAAGAGCGAAGUGAUCGUCGCUGGUCUUUUUUUCCGAAACGUCUUCGGCAAUAGCGCUGGAGCGCGCAGUCUCCCAGCUUUCGUUGCUCUCAGCAAUUUGGGCAAUGUACUUGCAGUCAGCUUCGCCCACUCGCGCCUCAACCAGGAGUUCGCGAAGGAGGGUCUGCUACCUUGGAGCCGAUUCUGGGCAUCGAACAAACCAUUCAACGCCCCUGCGACCGCCUUGUUCCUGCAUUGGCUAAUUACAGUCAUCGUGCUUGUUGCACCUCCCGCUGGUCCUGCGUACAACUUUAUCACCGAUCUAUACACCUACCCCGGAGCAUGGAUCAACGGUUUCGUUACCGCCGGCCUCAUCUACCUGCACUACAACAAGCGCGAGCGCUGGGAGUCGCCAUGGCAUACGUACCUUCCUAUUGCUGUUCUUUACCUGGCCGCAAACAUCUUUCUCGCGAUCGUCCCCUUCAUCCCCCCGGAUGGUGAUUGGAACGCGGAGGGCUACCCAUACUACGUGUUUCCGGUUGUUGGUGUCAGCGUUCUGCUUCUGGGUGGGUUUUACUGGGCAUGCUGGACAAAGAUUUGGCCCAAAAUCGGUGGGUACAAAAUCGUCAGUGAACGCUACGAAGACGCUGAGGGCAACGAGCAUGUGAAGUAUGUCAAAUUAUACACGAAGCGCAAGUGA